CCCCUUGGAUGGGCGCGCGUGGAUGACGCACAACCGGCCAGCGGGCGCGUGCGUCUGGAGGGAUGUCGGGGAGGGUUCGGGCGUCAUGACGACAGGUCCAUUCAAUCCACUCGUUCAGCAAAGGCAACGGGAAGGCGUGCGGAUGUGCCGAGGGAUCGAAUUUUAUCAACGCGCGAGGGGGCUGCGACCUCGUGGGGAGAAGUGAAAGCCACACGUGACGUCACACGGUCGGAUGUCUUCCGAAGGACGGAAGGCGAGGCGACACCUGGACUACUCAACAAGUUGUUGAUUUUUUUUUUCUUUUUUUUUCCGAAGCGAAGCGGAAGAGGACGCAGUCAUCAUCCCGGUUCACAUGAGCGCGCGUCCUUGUGGACAAGAUGUCACGGAAGGUCCUCGCGAGUGGGAGCGCGCGUGGAUGAUGCCGAGGAGAAGGUGACCGUGUUCAGAGCGGCAGCCACCCCUGUUGGUUUUUUUUGGGGGGGGGGGGGGCGAGGGGAGCUUGGGGGCGUGAGCGAGACUUCGCCGGCGUCUUUUUUUUCCCCCUUUUUAACCCAACCGUGAACGUCACCGCGCCUUCCGUGGCGAUUCAACUCGGGCUGGCGCGCCUAAUUUAGUGCGCCCCUCACUGCCCACCGACGACCCCCCCACCCCCCUUCUUGAUAGCGAACCCAACGCCCUUGCUCGCCUGUAUGCCCACCCGAUCAUCCUUCGUCGUGUGCGAGGAGGGGGGGUUGGGGGUGGGUGACAUUGCGUGAGCGUCGGUGAGAUCCGGCAUUGUUUCCACUUCCGUCUCGGGAGAGCGGCGAUCCGGUGCCGGCGUGACCGGCGUCGGCGCGACGAGGGCGGCUGUGGAGAGGCGAGAGAGGCCCUCCGGCGGAGCUCUCAAGGACGAGGAAGGAGAGUAAAAACAUCUUUGAGGACUAACGUCACACGCUGCCACCCAAAUGGAGAUUGAUUCGGCGCCCCAAAUGGAACAAUGACUUUUUGAAUAUUUUGGAUUUAUUUUAUUCAUCUUUUAGGGGGGGGGGGGAUUCAAGUCACACUCUGACGAAUAUUUGCAUUGAAUCAACACUACCGGAGAGCCAUUUGACACACGUGCGGGCAUGCAAGGAGAGAUGUCAGCGCCCCCCACUUCUUAAACUGGGGGGGGGGGGGGGGGGGGUGAGGGGCGGAAAUUGGGGGCACUUCAACAUCUCUCAACGAACUGUUGCCAUACUUAAACUCUGAGCCAAAACCCGACAGAUGACCUGCAGCUCAAAAUACUGUUGAUAUAUACUGGAUAUCCCCCCCACCCCCACCAGGCAUUUUGAUCCUCCUCACGGAUGGAUGGGGUGGUGGGGGGUGCGGGGACGCCCAGUAGCGCGGGAGGCUCCGGGGGUGACAGCCUCCCCCGACGUAACGGAGCCGAUUCGAAGAGGCGCAGCAAGGGCAGCCUCCCCUCGCCGGGCUACAGGCUGUCCCAAGUGUCCCUAGAGGGCGAGAAGGCUUCUUUCGGGGGCGACCCCGCCGCCCCCUCGGGAGGACGCGGCCGCCGUCUCUCCAUCAUGAGCUCGGGCCACCCCUUCCGCACGGCAGGCACGCCGACCACCCCGGCGCCUCUCGCUCACCCUCCGCCCCGCUCGGUGGGAUUCGCCCCCUCCCGUCCCGCCCUGGCCUCCACCUCCUCGUCGGCGGGCACGGGGGUGAUGGUGGUGGCCACCGGACCGGAGACCACCACCACGACCGCGUGCAACACCACGGCGGCGGGGACGCCCGAGACGCUGGGACCGUCGGCGCUGGCCGGGUUCGGCCUGGGGCUGGACGGAGACGACUACAGCCAGUCCAACCAGAGCACCUUCAUCCAGAGGCAGUUCGGAGCCAUGCUGCAGCCCGGCGUCAACAAGUUUAGCCUGCGCAUGUUCGGAUCCCACAAGGCCGUGGCUCUGGAACAGGAACGACUCAAGUCGGCCGGAGCCUGGAUCAUACACCCCUACAGCGAUUUCAGGUUCUACUGGGACCUGUUAAUGCUGGUGUUGAUGAUGGGCAACUUGAUCGUGCUGCCAGUGGGCAUCACCUUCUUUCGUGACGAGAACACACCGUCGUGGAUCAUCUUCAACGUGGUGUCCGACACGCUCUUCAUGGUCGACCUGGUCCUCAACUUCCGCACGGGCAUCGUCAAGGAGGACAAUACGGAAAUACUGCUGGACCCCCGGGCCAUCCGCCAGAACUACUUGAAGAGCUGGUUCCUGGUGGACUUUGUGUCCUCCAUCCCUGUGGACUACAUCUUCCUGAUGGUGGACAGUCUGGACUCCGAGGUGUACCGGACGGCAAGGGCGUUGCGCAUCGUCCGCUUCACCAAAAUCCUCAGCCUGCUUCGGCUGCUGCGGCUCUCCAGACUCAUACGCUACAUCCACCAGUGGGAGGAGAUUUUCCACAUGACGUACGACCUGGCCAGCGCCAUGGUGAGAAUCGUCAAUCUGAUCGGGAUGAUGCUUUUGCUGUGCCACUGGGACGGUUGCCUGCAGUUCCUGGUGCCCAUGCUGCAGGACUUCCCGCCCGACUGCUGGGUCUCCAAGAACCUGAUGGUGAACGACACGUGGGGCGUGCAGUACUCGUACGCCCUCUUCAAAGCCAUGAGCCACAUGCUGUGCAUCGGCUACGGCGCCCAGGCCCCGGAGGGCAUGACUGACGUGUGGCUCACCAUGCUGAGUAUGAUCGUGGGAGCCACCUGCUACGCCAUGUUCAUCGGCCACGCCACCGCACUCAUCCAGUCGUUGGAUUCGUCACGGCGGCAAUAUCAGGAGAAGUACAAGCAGGUGGAGCAGUACAUGUCCUUCCACAAGCUUCCCGCAGACGUGCGGCAAAAAAUCCACGAGUACUAUGAGCACCGCUUCCAAGGGAAAAUGUUUGACGAGGAGAACAUCCUGGGAGAGCUCAGCGAGCCACUUAAAGAGGAGAUCGUGAGCUUCAACUGCCGCAGCCUGGUGGCCAACAUGCCUCUGUUCGCCAACGCCGACCCCAACUUUGUGACCGCCGUGCUCACCAAACUUCGCUUCGAGGUCUUCCAGCCGGCCGACUUCAUCAUCCGAGAAGGCACCGUCGGGAGGAAGAUGUACUUCAUCCAGCACGGCCGUGUCAGCGUGCUCGCCCGUGGCAACAAGGAGACCAAACUGAGCGACGGCUCUUACUUCGGAGGUGACGUCUUCCAGGGAGGAAGAUUUUUUUCCGUUUGCACGCCUUUCUUGAUCUUCCCAUUUGCUUUUUGUUGCCUUUUUCCGAUCCCAGAAAUCUGUUUGUUGACUCGAGGGCGGAGGACGGCCAGCGUGCGUGCAGACACAUAUUGCCGUCUGUACUCUCUCAGUGUGGACAGCUUUAACGAGGUUCUGGAGGAGCACCCCAUGAUGAGGCGAGCCUUCGAGACCGUCGCUGUCGACCGAUUGGACCGCAUAGGCAGGAAGAACUCGGUGCUGCUACGGAAGUCAUCUCAAGGAGGUUCGCUCGGGGGCAGUAUGGGCCGUGGCGGCGGUCGGGGUGGCGGAGGUCCGGGAGCAGGUGGCGGGGGCCUGACAGCGGGCAGUCUGGGCUCCUGCGACAGCAUUUUGGUCCAGCAGAUCGUCAAGCACGACAGCAUGCCGGCCAUGCAGGACGCCAUCGCGGCAGCCGCGGCGGGAAGAAGCGGCGUGAUCGGCGGAAGUGGCGCAAUGUCCCCCAGGCCCCGCCCCGUCAUCUGGGCGCCACUGGUCCACGCCCCGCUGCAAACGGCCGCCGCCACCAGCAACGUGGCCAUCGCCCUCAUGCAGCAACAGCAACAGCAGCAGCAGCAGCUGCAGCAGCAGCAGCAUCCACUAGGGGGCACUUUCUUCCUGCCCUCGCCUCUUAUCUCACCGUCACCCUCCUCGACGUUUCCGCUUUCGCCUCCUCGGGCUCCCGUUUUGCAACCCCUGCGCCCCUCGGUCAGCUCCCUCAUCGGAAUGAUGACAAUGAGCGGGAUGGGAGGUUUGUCCCCCAGAGCGUUCCCUGCCUCCCCCUCCACCGCAGGCCCGCUCGGCGGCUUGACGUCCCCGCCGGUGGCGAAAACUCCUCCGGCCGCGGCCUCCUCUGUGCCAGUCCAACAAGGAAGGACUCUUCACUACAACCUGCGCCUCCAGGCUGAUUAUCCGUCGGCGCUCGGUGGAGCUCCAGGAGCGUCGACUCCACCCGUACCCAAGAUGCAGGGCCCGUUAGACAGCGGCACUUUGGUGACGAACCAGCAGGGGGCGAAAGAAGCGCUGCUGCGCCACGGAGGCAACGGUUGUCAAGGCCUGCCCGCGUUAGGCAGACUCACCCAAGAAGCCAGACUACUGUCCGCAUCACAGCCCACUCUGCCUCACCGCUCCUGGGCCGGAUUGCAGCCUCACCCCGCUCUCCAUCGGAAGGCGUCCGGCGGGAAUUUGCUCGCAGCUCCUUUCCUGGCGGGGCAGUUAGCUCGAGGCGGCAGCGCAGGAAUGCUAAGCUCCAACCCUGCGGUGCAACCCGUUGCAAAUCUUACAUCCAACGCGCCGAUUCAGCCCGCUGUGUACGCCCAAUGCGCCCCUCACACGAACCCCCCGCCCAUCUCCGCAUCUCCGCACAUGACGUCCGCCGCUUCCUCUCCAAAGCAAACGCCGCCAUCUGCCGUCCUUUCGCCCGCUCCCACUCCCUCAUCGCCGACACCGGUGCCCUCGCAGACGCCCCGUCCAAAACCGAGUCCGAACGCGCCGUCCCGCUCGUCCUCGCCGCCUCCCUGCUCCACACCUCCCUUGGCAGGAAGCGCCCCGCCGUCGCUCGUGUCGACGCCGCGUCCCAAACCAAUCGCCACUCCUUCCCCCCGCUCUUCAUCACCCUCGCCCUCCUCCACCCCUCCGCCAUCGUCUGUUUCCACUCCAGUUCCGCUGCCUCAAACGUUCGCACCCAAGUCGUCUCUGAGCUCUUCACUCCCGUCGCCCGCGGUUGGCGUGUCCUCGGCCCCCCCGCAAGGUGCCCGGGUCAAGCCAUCCAAUACGCCGCCGACCGCGUCACCGUUGUCUGGUCCCAGCCCUGUACCAACCCCGAUCCCAUCCCCGACUCUCACCCAGGUGGGGCGCACCCAUCCGCCAACCACCCCCCAAACCGCUACUCCAACGCUAACGUCGGUCUUUUCACCAAAUCCUACCCAGACACUCGCUCCGCCUUCACCGCCAACAUCCAACCCUCCCCGGAGUAAAUCCCCAAGUCCAACAUCCUGUCUGCAGCCUUCUGUAUUCAGUUCCGCCCGGACCCCCUCUUCCAGCCAGAUCCCCAAACCCGCUUCCCCCCUACCCUCAAAUCCUGGCUCAGUGAGCACCAGCUCCCCCACCAAAGUGCGUUUCACCGUUCACCCGGUAAAGCAAACCCAUCCCGCGCUCAUCCCGAGCACCACAUCGGCGUUGAAUCGUCCCGCAAAGUCAAACGCAGUCUCAACAAAGCCCCCCUCUUUGGCCACGACAUCUCCGAGUGGCUCCGCCGCCGCACCCGCACACCCACCAAAACAAAACGCAGCCACCGCAGUCGCAUCGGGCCAUCCCUCCAAACUCCAGUCGCCCUCGCAGGCUUCCACAGUCCCAUCAACACAUACAACCGCUCCGGCUAAUACCCCCGCUAAGGUCGGGAAAAACGACCCCCAGCUGCCGGUGGCCAGAAAAGACUCAGAGGGACUGAGACACAAACUGCCUGCCAACAUGUGAAAGCAAAAGGGAAGAGGAAAUCGGACGUACAGACAGAAAUCAAGUCUCACGUGGACAGUUUCGUGGUGUUUACGUUCAUGCUAGGAUGUGGUCGUCUUAGAACAUGACGUGUUUGCGUGACUCAACCGGGCCAUCCAUCGAGGAAGAAGACAUGCAACGUGCGUACAGGCCUACACUCAAAAUGGGGGUUGGUGAUGGUUGGGGCUAGCUAGGUACAGGGAUGCGGAAGCAAAGAACCUACAGUGGGUGGGGAAUUUGCUCCGUUUGCAUUCCCUAGUGGAUGAAAACAGCAAUACAUGUGAAAUCGCUUCCAAUACUGUGCACAAGUGUUCACAGCACUUCCAGUAUUGAUGUUUCAGUGAUCUCUAGUACAGCGACCUUCCGAUUGCUUGAAUGUAAGCGUAUUGUUUAAUUGGAAAUAUUGAAUGUAAAAAAAAAAAAACGGACAAAACAGAAACCGAAAAAAAAACCACACGGUGAACGAUGCGAUCAUUUGACCAACCGACUGUUAGCAACUCUGAC